AUGGAGCGAAAAGGUAUUUUUCUCCCCCCUUUUUCUUCAUUUUCAUUUGAUAUACAUGUAUAUCUAAUGAUUUUCUUCUCUAAUUUUUCUCAAUAAUUUUCAAAUUUUUAGGCCGAAAACUACCGGGUAUGAAGAUUCUUAUGCCAGAUGCGGUUGAAACACCAACCAUGAAUCUUGAAGACAGAUGUAAAAUCAAGUUGACAAAUGAAUCAGAAGAGAUUGAAAUUGUGGCGACGGAUUUGGUUGUGAUCGAAGAAUUGGGCAAAGGUGGAUAUGGAAUUGUUGAAAAAAUGCGACAUGUUCAUAGCAAUCUUAUUAUGGCUGUUAAGGUUUGUUGUUUUUUCUAAUACUUAAAUUUAAAAAUUAAUUUCAUUUUUUUUCAGCGAAUAAAAUCUUCGAUGAAUGAUCAAUCUCAAAAACAAAUGUUGACAGAAUUGGAUGCUUGUAAACGAAGUGAUUGCUGUCCACAGGUAGGUGUUUUAUAUAUUUUUGAACAUGCAGAUCGAUAAGGAGAGGCGUUAGAGAAGAAAAUUAGGGACUUGGAGAACACAAAAACUUCUAGAACUGAUGUUUGGAAUAGUGCGGAAACGGUGAUGACGUAGAGAAAACUUGUAGUCUUACGAUAGCAUUACAUUUUUGCGGCACAGGAAUUGGGCUAAUCCGGAAAAAAAUUAAAUAGAAUUUCAAAGAUGGUUCUAUCCAGUCACGUACCAUCGGACUAUUUAGGAUUCAUAUGAAAAAAUGACCUUUCUGAAUCAGCCUAGAUGUUCGAGUUCCAAUCAUGAAAUUUCCAGACCUUGGAAAUUUAUGAGGUUCAGAAGUUAUAUUCUCAAUGAAAUUUUGCAAUCCCAUUUUUUGUAGUGGUUGUUCUUUGAACUUUUGUUAGGAAAAAAGUAUUCUCCAAGUCUGCACUAAAUUUCAAAAUGCAAUUUUCCAGAUGGUCAGAUUCUACGGCGCAAUGUUUCGUGAAGGAGAUGUGUGGAUUUGUAUGGAAGUAAUGGACACGUCACUCGACAAAUUCUAUCGACAAGCAUACAAAUUAGGCAAAAAGAUACCAGAAGCGUUUAUCAGCAAAAUGUCGUUGUCAGUCAUCGAAGGAUUGAAUUUCAUGAAAGAACAAUUGAAUUUGAUUCAUCGCGAUGUGAAACCAUCGAAUAUUUUAUUGAAUAGGCAUGGUCAAGUGAAAAUUUGCGAUUUUGGUAUCUCUGGACAUUUGACAAAUAGUUUAGCAAAGGUGCGUUAUACGAGAGAAUUUUCAUUAAAAAAAAGAAACGAUUUCAGACAGUUCAAGCGGGUUGUAAGCCUUAUAUGCCACCAGAGCGAAUUGAUGGCGAGACAAAAACUGCAUAUGAUGUUCGAGCUGAUGUAUGGAGCUUGGGAAUAACUAUCAUUGAAAUUGCUACUGGAACACACCCCUACGCAAAAUGGAAAACACCAUUUGAUCAAUUGAAACAAGUGGUUCGAGAGCCCCCUCCAAAACUUCCAAUGAAUGAAGGUUUCAGUGAAGAAUGCCAAUUAUUUGUUCAAAGAUGGUGGGUAGUUUGUUUUGCUCAUUAAAAUUAAUUGAACUGGGAUUUCACUCAAAAUGAAAACGUCACUCAAAAAACAGAAAUUAAAAAUAGAACUUACUUGCAGCCUCGAAAAGGAUUAUAACAAUCGACCAAAAUAUCCCGAACUUCUUGCGAUGAAAUUUAUUGAAGCGGCGAGAAAUGACAAGCAAUUCAGUAUGAGUCGAUUUAUCAAUGAGGUAGACAACAAGAAAAAAAUGAAAUGUGAAAUAAUUUCUCAUCAUAAUAUUUUUAUAGAUUCUCGACAUGUAA